UGCCAUCAGGAGGAGGACACAGUGACAAUCCCAACAGCAGCAAUGGGAAUGCCAAAAAGGGGCCUGAAGAAGGCGCGGGUGGAGCAGGGGAAGAGAAUGGGGAAGAGGAAGAUGGAGAGGAUGGCGAUGGCCAUGGGGACGGUGAUGAUGAGGAUGGCGAUGAAGAUGGUGAAGAGGAUGAUGAGGACGGUGGGGAUGAGGAUGAGGAGGAAAUCGUAGAAGAAGAGGAACCCGCGGAGGAUGAGGAGGAGGAUGAAGAAGAAGAGGCACUCCAGCCUCCAAAGAAGAGGAAGAAGUGAAAGAAAAACUAGUGAUACUUUUUAACUGUGGACUUCUGGGUAUUUGAACUUGCAACCUUGUCUAGCUUAUGAGGGAGAACUGGUUUUUUAACUUGUUUUUAUCAUCUUGGAUUUGAAGCUUUUUAGAUAAUGGAACUUUUAAGAGCAUCAAUUUGGUGGAUUGAGCUAACAAAAUCUACUUUCAUCACUUUGAUUCUCUAUUCUUUUCUCUUCUUUUUUUGGUGGGCUUUAGAUGCUAAAGUCUAUUAGUAUUAUUUUUUCACAAAAAUAUAUUAAUGCUUUUAUUCC